AUGGAUAUGGAUGUUGUGCAGGAGGGUGAUGAUGGAUUCGGGAGUGGUGGGCGCAAUGCAGGGGUGGUUGCGCCGACGGAGGGAGAUGAAGAGGAGGCAGUGGCACUGACAGAAGGAGAUGAAGGGGUGGCAGUCGCAAAUAUAGAUGGCAAUGAUGGGCUGGCAGGUGAGCCAAGUGCCCCUGACGAAAACGGGUACACAGUGGCACAAGACGGGCCGGUGGUGCCAUCUUCCAUGGAUGAAAUGAUCGGCACUGAUAUGGACGUUGAGUUGGCCCCUGUUUCCGUGGCCGAAAUGGAAAAUGUUCUGCCAGAGGAAUAUCCCCCUGCAAUCGAGCCGACUGGAAAUCAGAGUACAGACCUGGGGGCAGGGUUCCAGGCGAUGCCAAGUGUGUGGCCAGCUCCAGUCCUGACCGGCAGCGUGCCUGCCAGGAUGCUGGGUCAGUGGCCCAGACCUCUGGACCUGCCUCCGCCUGAAGGCAGCCAGAGCACAGGGGCAGAUGGCGACUCUGUGGGAUAUGAACCUGAUGGCGCCUCGGAGUUGCAUGAAGAAGAGACCUACAAUCAGGCAGCGACCCCGCCACCGGCGGCCAGCACAGGGGUGUUGCCCGUUCUCGAUGAGUCGUUGAUGCGGCUGGAGAGCAAGCUGGCAUCGACGGAGUCGCUUGUUCCAGCAGCGGACUUGAGCACAGCUGCUCCAGAGCCAGUGGCUGAGCCUCCUGGCAUCCCAAGGAUGGGGUCUGGGGGUCCGGGCUUGGGGCUCACCUUGGUCGGUGUCGGCAGCACAGGGGCAGGGCCAGGCACACAAGCUCCAGCCACACCAGUUGUCAACUUGGCAGGGUUUGGUGCUGCGGGACUGGAUAUCAAAGGGAUGGGGAUGGCCGGGCAGCAUGUUGCGGGGCUGGGCACUGUUGUGCUUGGAAGGCCCCGGGGGGCACCAUCCAGCGGCGAGGCAGUUGCUGGGGCCUUUGGCAGCACCUUUGAUGCAGACAGUGGCUCUCGGCCGUCAAGGGCGUCCGAGAAGUCUGAGAGGGGGCCGCAAAGGCGCACAGGAAUCGGGAGCCAGACAGGCCCCACGAAGAAGAAUUUGGGGGCGUUCUCCCCACUGCAACAGAAAGCCCGGGCCAAUGCUCGGCGGCCACGGACGGGGCGAGGGGCGGCUCGGUACACUCCCAACUUCCAACCGAUCAUCUCCACACGGGCCGCCGCACGGAGGAGCAACUUGAAGGCUCAGGCGGCCCAGCCCGCCUCCAUGGGUGGUGGUGAUCUGGUCCCCGUGCCAGUGGCACAGGCCACCGACGAGGUCGUCGAAGAGGAAGCUGCGGCUGCCGCCGCAUCCACCGUCAGCACAGGGUUCGAGUCGUUCCAGUGCGAUUCCACGUUUGUGUGCAUCCCCAGGGAGGGUGGCGACCCUGGGGCAAACUCGCUGUAUCUGUCGACGCCGUUCUGGCAGAGCCGCACCUCCACCGUGGUGACGAUGGUGGGCGAGAAGAUACACGAGUCGGCCACAGUUUGCCUUGUCCGGGGCCCGCAGUCGGGUGAAGGGGACGAGCCGGAGAUCCCCUGA